AUAUAUACUCUCUGUUUCUCUCGUUUUCCAGCUGUACAUCCAGACCACCACCCUCUGUAUCUCUAUGAAUCUCAGUGCCUCGGUGGCCUUAGGGAUGCUCUACAUUCCUAAAGUCUAUGUCAUCAUCUUCCAUCCGGAGCUUAAUGUCCAGAAGAGGAAGAGGAGCUUCAAGGCGGUGGUGACAGCUGCGUCCCUGACCACACGCCUCUCACACAAGACCAGUGACAGGCCCAAUGGAGAAGCUAAGACGGAACUUUGUGAAAACGUCGAUCCAAACAGUCCGGCAGCAAAGAAGAAAUAUGUGAGUUACAAUGACCUCGUGAUCUAAGAGCCGUCACCAGAGAGAGGGACAUGAUGGAUGGAGAUGCUUGGUCUCCUGCCCCGUUGGCAACGAAAGAAAAAGGAUGUUUAUGUUUCAUGCUGCUCGAUUGCCCACUCACACCCCGGAACCCUCACACCAAUGGAACCCCGGAACUCCGGAACAGGACAUGGACAAUGGGUGGGUUCUGGGUUCUAGAGCUUUCCAUUCACCCAGAAGAUUCUGUGUGGCAAACUGAUGUUUUAACAUGGUUACGAUGGAAUGGAAAAGACCAAAAAGAGACAUACUAUGGGUGUAAAACGUCAAGAAAAAAUGUAAAGAAAAUCAAACAGUUGUGAUGGGCAAAAAAACAUCUACAAAAUCAUUUGUUUUCGCAAAAUGAUUGCAAAGAAAAAAAGAAGCACAGACCCUCCCUGUUGGCUCUUACAACCCCCCUGUGCUCCUCCGGGUUAGGGUGGUCAUCUCUGCCGACCCCUCAGAGAUGGUCCCCCACUCCCUAGAGAUGUGUCUCUAUAGGUACACUGGCUGCAGCAGGAGGACUAACUGUACUUGUACCUGCCUGUACCUUCAAUGGAGGCUGUUUCUUGUCUUUUAAUGUCCUUCCAAAAUGCAAGUUUUCCAAAAUUCCUGUCAAAAAAAGUCUGUGGUUCUAUUGGCCUAUCUGUUACAUUUGUUGUUAAAUUUUUAAUAUCAAACUUUUUUUUGUUGCUUGUCUGUUUUUUCCUUCCUUGCUUGCUUCUUGGACGCACAUUCAAUUAAAGCCAUAUUCUUGUCUUUGAGAUGUUAAGUAUUUGUUCAUGUUUUUUGGUGGGGGGGGGGUGGUUAUAUGUGGGCUCACAAGAAAGAGGUACAGUGCUUGCUUUUCCCUUCCCGUAUGUGUGUGUUUCUACAGACAUGUUUUUAGUAUGUUGUAAGGGUACAGUAUUGACCAACAACUGUGUUUUUAAAUUGACUAAAAGAGAGCUCCAGUCCAGGCUUUAUUGUCUAGAUAUAUGAACAACUCCAGCGGUUUUCAGAUUUAACAAGGUAUAUGUCCCCGUGUAGAAGUUGUCAAUGCAUGCCAGCUAUGUUUGAUGUUAAGAUUAAGUCAAUAACUGGAGAUUUCACCACACAUGCUCUGAAUGGCAUACAAUAUCCAUUUUUAUUUUUUUAUUUUUUUUACAUUUUCUCACUGAAUGCAGAAUAUGGCUUUAAUUCGUCUUGGAGUUUUCUUAAUGACCCGCAACUAUGAAAAAUUAUCAGUAAAAAAAAAUAUGAAUAUAUAUAUUUAAAAAGGAAACAAUCCAAAAAAGAAAAAAAAGCAUGUGUGUUUUAUACUGUUUGUACUAAGUAUAAUUAUGUUGCCCUUGCUGCUUAUGGGCCAAUAUUGUGGGAGAUAAAAAUGUACGUUUGGCCACUCAUGCAAAUAUUAUGUGGUUUUGUCCAAGAAUGUAUCAACAUGAAAUAAGA